ACUGCUGCGUACCUGGCCUGUCAUUUGCACUGAAUAAGUUAGAGAGGAUGGCUGUCCGUGUUUUAGAAAUCAUCUUUUUCCUCUAUUUUGCCUCUCACAUUCCCAUCACAUUAUUUAUUGACUUACAAGCUCUACUACCGGGACACGUGUAUCCUCAGCCGUUCAGAGAUCUUCUGAAGUGGUAUGCAGAGGAGUUCAAAGACCCCAUGGUGCUGGAUCCUCCGGAGUGGUUCAGGUCUUUUAUUUUCUGCGAGGCUUUAUUUCAGACCCCUUUCUUUCCCAUUGCAGCCUAUGCUUUUCUGAAAGGUGGUUGUAAGUGGAUCAGGACUCCUGCCAUUGUGUAUUCCACUCACGUGGCCACAACGCUGUUCCCGAUCCUGGCUCACGUCCUCUUCUAUCAGUUCCCUAUGAAACCACACCCCGGUCCGCAGACCCCGCAGGAGCGCUGGCUGCUGGUCUCCAUAUAUGCCCCGUACCUGCUGGUGCCGGUGCUACUGCUCCUCACCAUGCUCCUCUCCUCCACAUACAACUCCACCUCCAAGUCUGGACACAUGUCAGCCAAAGCCAAGAAGAAGAACUGACUCAUCAUCACCACACUACAGCUGUCUAAUUUACUCUGAUCAUAACACAAUUAUUAGAAGGAAAUUGCCUUUGUUGAACCUAAAGUAAACACUUAAUUGUUUGUUGAA